AAAUUUUUCGCUCGAUUCAAAUAUAUUAUCACAAAAUAAAUAUUUGCAAUGUCUAAAAAUUGUUCGUACAAUAAAAUUGUAGUGAAUAUAUAGGUAAUCAAGUCUAUAAAAAGGGUACAAAAUUUUACAUUACUGAUAGACAAUAAUAAUAAAUAAAUGUUGUAAUAAUGAUAAAGUAAAAGUUGCAAAAUAUAAUGAUACAGCACAUCUGCAACGAAUAGUCCUUCAUCCCUACCAACAUUAACAAUUAUAUUAUUAGCGACGAAUCAAAGCAGCAUUUGAUAAGCGCAACGAUAAGAAGCAUAUAUAUUUUGCAGUAAAUUCUCGUUAUACCUAUCACUUACUUAAUCCGUUUGUUACAUUUUCCAACAAUCUUUGGAGCAACUAUUACGAUUUGCAUUAAAAAAGCAUCAUGGACGUGUGUAAUAAGACUGCAAUGGUCACUGGAGGAGCUGCCGGAAUGGGCUCCAAAUUUGUAGACGUGCUACUUCAGAAUGGUGCCAAAAGUGUUGCGAUAAUCGAUUUGCCGACAUCGAACGGCGAAAAUGCAGCGACUACGUUGGAGAAGGAAUUUGGAAAAGGCCGUGCUGUCUUCAUCGCGUGUGACGUGUCAAAGGCCGAAGAUCUAGAAAAAGCAUUCAAGAAGGUCAUCGAUACGUUCGAGACUCUUGAUAUUGUUAUCAAUAACGCUGGUAUAUUGAAUGAGCACAAAUGGGAACAGACGAUCAAUGUUAAUAUCACGGGUCUAAUUCGUAACUCUUUUCUGGUCUUGAAUCAUAUGGGAAGACACAAAGGCGGCAAGGGAGGCGUAAUCGUGAAUAUAGCAUCUAUAGCUGCAGUAGAUACAUAUCCCCCUGCGCCGGUAUAUGUGGCUACAAAACACGCCGUUCUUGGAUUUAGCCAAUCUCUGGCAGGUCUAUACAAAAAGACUGGAGUGCGAUUUCUUGUGAUGUGUCCAGGUAGUACGAAAACAUCAAUGUCUAAAGAUUUCAAAAGUAGAGUUAUUUCAAUCAUCGACGACGAAUGGGCCAAAGAUGAAUAUGAUAAUUUCGAAUUUAACACUUGCCAACCUGCCGAUUAUGUGGCUCUUGCGGUACUAGCUCUCAUCCAAAAAGGUGAAAACGGAGCGGCUUGGGUCAGCGAGAAUAAUAAAUCAUACGCCGUGAACUUUCCCCAUUAUUUGAAGCGAUCUUCGCCUGUAGAGAGUUAAACAUUUGAUAACUUGUUUUGCUUUAAUUAACUUUAACAUUUGACAUAGUUUAAUAAUGAUUAUCAAUUAAUAUAAACAUUAUUGUAUUAAUUA